AUGUCACUUUGUUUGUCUCAGAUAUUCCUAGGAUGUCUCCCUGAAAAUCAGAGUCAGUGGGUGGAGUUUUCUAACAAAUCUAGAGCAAUUUACAAGUCACUAAAGCAAACAAGUCCAUGGAAUCAGUUCUUUCAAGAUGGUGAACUCAAACAAACAAUAACUCAAGAUAUUGUCCGAACUCAUCCUGAUCAACAGUUCUUUAGACAACAAGAGAUUCAAAACUCAAUGUUGGAUAUUUUAUUCUGCUAUGCCAAGGAACACCCCGAUCUAGGUUAUCGUCAAGGUAUGCAUGAACUGUUAGCUCCUCUCCUGUUUGUACUACAUGCUGAAUGUAGAGAUGAUUUCUAUCUUUCUCUCUCCUCUCUCACUUAUAUUAGUCUUGAGUUAAAGGUAGUAAUGGAUCCAGAAUAUAUCGAAGCAGAUGCUUUCGCUCUCUUCUCAGAGUUAAUGGAGGGUAUGCAGAACUUCUAUCUUAGUGCAUCAUUAGAAGCUGAUUUACAUAAGACAUCAGCUAUUGCACGUAAACUCGACUACAUUCAUGACCUUUUACUUAAACGAGCUGACGAACAACUCUAUUAUCGUCUACAAGAUCUGGGAAUUCCCCCCCAAACAUAUGGCAUUCGGUGGAUCAGACUAUUGUUUGGACGAGAGUUCUAUCUGCCGAGUGUCCUACAACUCUGGGAUGCUUUGUUUGCUGAGGGUGUGUCUCUGGCACUAAUGGAUUAUAUCUUUGUUGUUAUGUUAAUACAAAUAAGAGAUACAU